CAACAGGAGCAAUGGCUGUCAGGAUGUUUGACUUUCCGUAUUAUGACCCAGUGAAUGGAUUGAAAUGUAAUGUUGCUGAAUACAAGGAACAAAAAAAGGAUACAGAUGAUGUCAAUAAGUUAAAGAAUGAUUUGGGAAAAAUUUAUGGAAAUAAUACAGGUGUAAUAAUCGACGAUCCUGAAGUUUUUGACAGGAUUGAUAAUAUUAAUGAAUACUUUGGUGAGGAGGUGGUUAAGAUUUUAAUAAUUACAGUAUUGAGUUUUGUAGCAAUUGCGCUUCUGUUGUUGAUUAUUAGACGUGUUUUUUACAAGCGUCGGAAUAAACCGGCUAAAUACUUUUCUGAAGAAAUUGAUAUAAAUUAUAAGCUUUAUAUAAAUGAAAAUGCAAAUGGAACUGAGCUUUAUUAUGCUUAUUCUGAUGAUGGUGAUUCCAAGAUAGGGUUUUUAUUUAAUUUAGAAUUCAUACACUUUUUAAGUGAUUUCCAAGACAAAGAUGACACUUUGAAGGGGAGAGAGUUGAAAAGGUAUAAAGUCGAUUCUGUAGACGGAUAUGUUUAUGUUACGGAGGAACCUGAUCUCGAGAAAUCUGAUUCCAAGGAACCACCUGUAUACUAUUAUGUUUUGACUAAUAAUAAAUCUGUAUAUUUUCGUGUGCUUGAACUUGUAUCGAAAGAUGAUGACAAUGGCAGUGGGUGUUGUUGGUGUUGGAAAUCAUUAUUUAAAAACAAGGAGGAAGAACGCAUUAAAAGGCAAAUCAAGAAAGCGAUACGUAAACUUAAAAAGGAAGGCUGGAAGACGGGAGUUGACAAGAAGGAAGAGAAGAAAGUCAAAAGUUGUGUGAAACAUUAUUGUGAAGGAGUCAAACAACAAGAAGAUAAAUUUAUUCUAAAUGUAGAUCUGGAACUAAAAAAAAGGGAAAUGAAUAAGCUUAUUACAGAUGUUGACGACAAACCUACUGCUGAAGAAGAUAUUGAAGAAGAUAAAGAUGAUAUAGUUUAA